AUGUCUGUCGAAUACGAAGGUGCUAUUGGUAUUGAUUUGGGUACUACCUACUCCUGUGUCGGUGUGUGGGAGUCUGAGCGUGUUGAAAUCAUUGCCAACGAACAGGGUAACCGCACUACUCCUUCCUACGUUGCUUUCUCCGAUAGCGAACGUUUGGUCGGUGAUGCUGCCAAGAAUCAGGCUGCUAUGAACCCCAAGAACACCGUAUUCGAUGCCAAGCGUCUUAUCGGUCGUCGUUUCGAUGAUGCCGAUGUCAAGGCUGAUAUGAAGAACUGGCCUUUCACUGUGGUCGAGCAGAAUGAAAACCCUUUCAUUCAGGUCGAAUUCGAAGGUGAAACCAAGACCUACUCUCCUCAAGAAAUCUCCUCCAUGGUGUUGAUCAAGAUGAAGGAAAUCGCUGAAGCCAAGCUCGGCAAGAAGGUCACCAAGGCUGUGGUCACCGUUCCCGCUUACUUCAACGACUCUCAGCGUCAGGCUACCAAGGACGCUGGUGUCAUUGCUGGUCUCGAUGUCCUCCGUAUCAUCAACGAGCCUACUGCUGCUGCUAUUGCUUACGGUUUGGAUGCCAACGACAAGAAGGAACGCAAUGUCCUCAUCUUCGAUUUGGGUGGAGGUACCUUUGAUGUGUCCCUCUUGACCAUCUCUGGUGGUGUUUUUGCCGUCAAGGCCACCGCUGGUAACACUCACUUGGGUGGUGAAGAUUUCGAUAACACCUUGGUCAACCACUUUGUCCAGGAAAUCAAGCGCAAGCACAAGAAAGAUAUCUCUGAUGAUGCCCGUGCUCUCCGUCGUCUUCGCUCGGCUUCCGAACGUGCCAAGCGUACCUUGUCUUCCUUGACUCAGACCACCGUUGAAGUUGAUUCCCUCUUUGAAGGUGUUGACUUCCAGUCCAACAUCACUCGUGCCAAGUUUGAAGAGAUCAACUCAGUCGCUUUCCAGAACACCGUCGAACCCGUUGAACGUGUGUUGAAAGAUGCCAAGAUCGAUAAGAAGGAAGUCGAUGAAAUUGUCCUUGUUGGUGGUUCCACCCGUAUUCCCAAGAUCCAGUCUCUUCUUCAGGAUCUAUUCAACGGCAAGGAAUUGAACAAGUCCAUCAACCCCGAUGAGGCUGUCGCUUACGGUGCCGCUGUCCAAGCUGCUGUGCUCACUAACCAAGCCGGUAAUGAAAAGACCCAAGAUCUCUUGUUGUUGGAUGUUGUCCCUCUUUCUCUCGGUGUUGAGAUGCAAGGUGGUAUCAUGGCCGUGGUUGUUCCCCGUAACAGCCCCAUUCCCUGCCAGAAGACCAAGGUGUUCACCACUGCUUCCGAUAACCAGACCACCGUUACUUUCCCUGUCUACGAAGGUGAACGUUUGAUGACUAAGGAAAACAACAUGCUCGGUGAAUUCUCUUUGAACGGUCUCAUUCCCGCUCCCCGUGGUACUCCCGAACUCAUGUGUACUUUCGAUUUGGAUGCCAACGGUAUCUUGAAGGUCACUGCCCAAGAUAAGACCACUGGUCGCAAGGCUGAUGUCACCAUCUCCAACUCGACUCGUCUUUCCGCUGCCGAUAUUGAACGCAUGGUCCAGGAUGCUGCCAAGAACGCCGAAAGCGACAAGCAGCGUGAAGCCGUUGUUCAGGCCAAGCAAGAUCUUGAAGCUUACGUUUACCAGGUUGAGAACAACGUCUCCGAUCCUAAUGUUAACAUGAAGAUCCGUCGUGGUGACCGUGAAGCUAUCGAGACCGCUCUCGCUGAAGCCAUGGAAUUGAUGGAUAUCUCCGCUGAAGAUACCACUGUCGAUGACUUGAAGAGUGCUCAGACCAAGCUCAAGCGUGCUGCUACCCGUGCCUUUGCUCAUGUCUACUCUCAGCGUCGUUAAG